UCCACCACUCGCUCAUUGAAUUAUUACAGCGCUCAUCGCUUUUCGGCUCGAUUUGGGGAACCAUAAAAAUACAAGCCACGCAGAUUCACAAGCACCAUCUCCGGGACGGUGGUGCAUUUCAAUCACGGUAGUGGAGCACGCUGUCCUGGGCUCGCUGGCUGUCUGGUUGGGGACGGGAAAGUGAGGGGAAGAAGUGCGGAGCUGGUCCCCGAGCAAUGAUGGAGCUGGAGUCGGCCAGUAACCGAGGCGACCCGGGAGCUGCGGGGGAUUCGCUGCAGCCGCAGACGCCGAGCAGGCACGAAAAGAGCCUGGGACUGCUCACGACCAAGUUUGUGACCCUGCUACAGGAGGCGAAGGACGGAGUGCUGGAUCUGAAAGCUGCUGCAGACACCCUGGCUGUGCGGCAGAAACGGCGUAUAUACGACAUCACUAAUGUCCUGGAAGGAAUUGGUCUGAUAGAGAAAAAGUCUAAGAACAGUAUCCAGUGGAAGGGUGUAGGUCCAGGCUGCAACACCAGGGAGAUCGCUGAUAAGCUGAUUGAUCUGAAGGCCGAGCUGGAUGACUUGGCUCUCCGGGAACACGAGCUGGACCAGCAGAGAGUCUGGGUCCAACAAAGCAUCAAGAAUGUCACAGACGACUCCAACAACAGCCCAAUGGCAUUUGUAAAACAUGAAGACCUCUGUGGAGCUUUUAAAGGUGACACCCUCCUAGCUAUUCGUGCUCCAGUAGGAACACAACUAGAGGUGCCCGUACCAGAAGCUGCUCUCAACGGACAAAGGAAAUACCAGAUCCGUCUUAAAAGUACCACUGGUCCCGUUGAGGUUUUAUUGGUCAACAAGGACCCUUCCAGUGCCUCUCCAGUCGUUUUGCCCGUCCCGCCUCCAGAUGACGUCCUUCAAAAGCUACCAGCACCUACCUCUCAGCUGCCCACUUCUGCCUCACAGGUCCCCAAAGCAACUCCAGCCACUGCCACAAAACCAACUCCUGCCACAACACCAGCUUCUGCAGCCAUCCAGACAAAAGAGGCAACAAGCACCACUCCUCCCAGUAUUCCAACAGAAACACCAGCUGCUGUUCCUCAACAACUACAGUCGUCUGCCUCGUUAGACGGAUCUGCUGCUUCCUCUGCCUCUGCAGCCUUUGAACCAAUUAAAUCAAAUCCUUCUGAAUUAUUGGACUUUUCCAAAGAGCUUUCUGAAAUGUUUGAUCCAACAAAAGAAAUCAUGAGUGGGGAUCUGUUAGAGGACUUGAUGUCAUCAGAAGUGUUCUCGCCUCUUCUUCGUCUGUCUCCACCACCCAGUGACCAUGACUACAUUUACAACCUGGAUGAGACUGAAGGCCUUUGUGACCUCUUUGAUGUGCCCAUUCUCAACCUUUGACACAAAGUUUGGUUAAAAACAGCUGCCCAAAUAUGUUUAUCCACCCUCAUUUCCUUCAAGGCUCCCCCACCCCCUGACAGUGAUUAUGAGAAGGGGCACGAAGAUUACCCUGAUCUGCUGAGCAUUUUAUGGACACUGCUGCAUCGUGAGCUCAAGCUGAACUCAGACAAAAAGCUCAAUGUUCUGAAAAACAAGCGAGGGAAAAAAACAUUUUACGUUCAUCUUUUCUAAGGGAAAAAAGAGUUAUCUAAAAAGGUUGAGUCAGGUCCUCUGGAUGGAUUCUUUGUUGAAACAUUUAGUCUUUUAUUCAAAAAAC